UUGCUCUUUUAUUUUAUUUUUAUUCAAACAUUUUUUAAUUAUAAUUUAUUAUCAAUUUAUUCUUUAAUUACAAUUUAUUAUCAAUUUAUUAUCAAUUUAGAAUCGAAGUUAUCAAAGAGUUCUAUCGAUGAUAUUGAAAUUUUUGAAUAUAUCAAUGCGUAUAAACCUGAAAAUAUUGAAAUUAAAUUCUUAUUAAAACCAUUUCUACUCGAUUAUAUUCCAGCAAUUGGCGAUGUUGAUACUUUCAUUAAAAUUCCUCGACCUGAUGGGGAUAAUCUUGGUUUAACUGUACUCGAUGAACCAGCCAUUCAACAAAGCGAUCCAACGAUCGUUGGUAUGCAACUUCGUAAUGAAUGCAAGGAAAUCAAGACUGAAACGUUGGUGAAAAAAUUAGAUCGCGGUGAUAAAAAUGGUGCUGAAAUUGAACGAUGGAUUGAAAACAUUAAGGAAUUGCAUCGUAGCAAACCUCCGGAUAGUGUUACUUAUACAAAAAUAAUGCCGGAUAUCGAAAAACUAAUGCAAGAAUGGCCUAAUGAAUUAGAAGAAUUACUCAAAUCCGAACGAUUACCGUCAGCAUCUUUGGAUGUAAGUUUAGAAGAAUAUACCGAUAUUUGCUUAUCACUUCUCGACAUACCCGUAUAUAAAUCUCGCAUAGAGUCGUUACACGUUCUUUUCACUCUUUUUGCCGAAUUUCGUAAUUCUCAACAUUUUCGUAAUUUAGCAGAAAAUAAUCUCAUGAAUAUGAAUAUGAAUGAAGUUGGAGCUGAACGAUUGGAAUUAUAA